GGUGUCGGCAAUUCGAAUCCUUGCGAUGUAUCAGUAUAUAAAGAGAUGAAACCCUAUCCAGAUUACGGGACGGGAAAAUACGUUUGCCGAUGUCCAGCGGUUGUACCGAACAACACGCAAGGUUGGACCAAAGUGAACACAGACCCUGUUAAAGUUGGAACCAAAGAUAAUAGACCAGGAAUUGUCAAGGUCCCAAAACCCGGCAAAAUCCUUAAGUUUAAACUAGUUCACGUGUGUGGUGGUAUUUCUUGUUCAUAUCGCUACCCUCUAACUCACUUUGGUUGUCACCAGUCGUUUUUUGGCCUUUUCAUAACCGACACUACAAAGCAGGUACUAUCACCCAAGCUAAAGCACCAACAUGCCUCUUUUUACAGCAUCCCAGGUUCAACGCCUUACGACGCCGAAUUCACGCUUCCUGAAAUGUCCCCAACUCUUAACGUUGCUAACCAACAAGAGCUCCAAAUUUGGACUGAUUCGCACGUAUACACGAUUCUCAUAAUGGCCGACACUAAUUAG